AUGGACGGUGUUCCGGGUGUCACUCAAUGUCCAAUACUACCAAAUCAAUCAUAUUUAUAUACAUUUUCUACAAGUAAUCAAUCAGGAACCUACUGGUAUCAUUCACAUUUUUCAAUACAAUAUGGUGACGGUCUCUGGGGCGCGUUAAUUAUCAAAGAUCCAAAUGAUCCAUGGAAGAAACAUUAUAAUGAUGAAGAAAUUCUUCAAUUAACUGAUUGGUAUCAUACUUCUGUAUACGUACUUUUAAAACCUUAUUUAGAUCCUGGUACAUUGGAUCCAGUGCCAGAUACAGGUCUCAUAAACGGUAUUGGACAAUUUAAUUGCACAUUAACUAAUCCAUGUUCUUACUAUCGAGCAACUAUUCGAGAAGGUACAACAAAACGAUUUCGUAUAAUAAAUACAUCUGUUUAUGCUCAAAUAACAUUGGCAAUUGAUCAACAUGAUAUGAGAGUAAUUGAAGCAGAUGGAACCAAUUUAGAUGGAAAAAAAUAUGUUACUAGUCUUCGUCUAAAUCCUGGUCAACGAUAUUCAGUUUUGAUUACGGCAAGACAAAAUUCUGCAUCAAGUUACUGGAUACGUGCAACAAUUCAUUCAUUUGUCGAUGAUCGUGGUAAGUAUACGGCACCGAUUCAACCGAAUAUACAUGCCAUUCUACAAUAUAACAAUGAGAAGAAUAUCAAUGUUUCUUUUAAUAUACCAUCGAUGGAUACAUUUAAUAAUAAUGAGAAUAUCAUACAGAAAUCACUUAUUGAUGGGCGAAUAAUGAGUGAUGAAACAGAAUUGAGUCCCAUGAAUGUCAUUGAAUAUCGAGUUCCAACUAGUGCAAAAAUAAAAACUUUAAUUUUUGAUUCUCAAUUUCGUGUUGAACGUCUAGGUCAUUUCUAUUUUAAUGAUGCAACAUUUGUACAUCCAACAAAUACAAGUCUACUAUCAUCACUUCUUUUCGAUAACUUUAAACAAAUCAAUCUAUCAUCGAUUCUAAAUAUUGAAACUGAUGAAAUUAUUGAUAUUAUUAUUAACAAUAUUGAUUAUGGUUCACAUCCAAUCCAUCUACAUGGUCAUCAUGCAUGGAUAUUAGCAUCAGGUCAAACAAAAGAUGGUUAUUUUAAUGAAUCGACACGAAUAAAUAUUGUUUAUAAUACCAUCAAUCCAGUCUAUCGUGACACAUAUACAGUUAAUCCAUAUUCCUACAUUGUUUUUCGUUUUAAAGCAGACAAUCCUGGUAUAUGGAUGAUGCAUUGUCAUAAUGAUUGGCAUCUCCAACUUGGCAUGGCAUUAAUAUUUGUUGAAUCACCGCAAAAAGUCAAAGAUUAUUAUUUCAAUCAUUAUUCGAAAAUUGAUAUACCAUUAUAUUGUCAACAUCAUUAUUGA